CCCAGUGCCCAUCGAGAAGUGUCGGGAGGCGGUUGCUUUUAGCCGGAGCUCCGUGACGUCACAGGGAGGCUCUCGAAUGUACAGAUCUGGUUCGUAUAUACGAGUGGUCCCGAUGCCCCGAGACUACGGGCACGUGAUGAAGGCCCGAUCCUUCAUUAAGAAGAAGAAGCAACCUGUCAAGCGUGGUGACGUCAUCAUGUCCUCUAGACCCUUCUGCUGGGUAGUGGACAGCAGCUUGGCGGGACAGUAUUGUGAAUACUGUCUGGGCUCUUUUAGGAAAGACAGGAUACUGACGAGAUGCAGCGACUGCUACAGAGCCUGGUACUGCAGCAGAAUGUGUCGAGAUCUGGCCGAGCCGUUGCACAGAAAAGAGUGCGAGAUCUUCAGACGGAAGCCAGAAUUCAAGCCAAGAGACACAGCUAGGUUCAUGGCCAGACUAAUUUGUAAGUUACGGGACGGAGGCGACGAAAUAUCCGAAAAGGUAGACGACAGAAGGAGUCGCAGUUUCAAAGAUCUUAUGAGUCAUUUUCGCGAAAUCAAGCAGGACAGGAGACAGCUGAGAUACCUGCGGGAAAUGAUGCCAGAUUUGAAGGUCCUCCUGGGAGAAGGGAAUCUUCCGGAUCACAGCUCACUCGUCACCAUCUACGGAAAGGUGAUGGUAAACAGCUUCUGCUUGCUGGACGACCACCUGACUCCCAUAGGGACCAGCAUCUACCUGGCGGCCUCAGUCUUCGACCACUCCUGCGUGGCCAACGCCUUCGUGAGCUUCAUCGGAAAUCGGCUCGUCAUACGAUCGCUAGUCGACUGGCCGGACUUGGAUCUUAACCUGGUCAGGAUUAGCUACAUCGACUCCAUGAAUACUCGUGCCUACCGACAACUGUACCUGAAGGACCAUUAUUUUUUCCUCUGUGACUGUCGAAUAUGCAAGGAUGAUCAGUACGAUCGCAUGAUGUCCACUGUAGCGUGUGGGAACCCAAAUUGCGAGAACCCAGUCUACAUAAACGAGAAAUCCAGCGCAGACCUGGGACCAUGUUCAGCUUGUGGAUUCUCAGAUUGGCAGGAAGACCUACGUCAAGACUACAAAUGCUCCGCAGUUCUCGCCAGGAACAAGCUACAAGAUCUUGACGAAAAUCAUCCGGAUUUCGAAGUGUGGCGGGAGGUGGUGGACCAACAAAGCGACAUGUUCCACCCUCUGAAUAUCCUUCGCGCCAAGUCCUUGGACGCCCUUCUGACGGCAACGAUCAACCUGAGGGGGUGGCUCACCGCCCUAGGAAUCGCCAGGAAGAACCACUCUGCCAUAAGACACUACUACGGCCCGAAGCAUCCCACCUACGGUCUGUUUCUCCUGAAACUGGCCAAGAUCGAGUCGAACAACAUGGAGUGGGACUCGGCCCUCCGGCACUUGCAGGAAGCCGAGGAGAUCCUCGAGUCCGGCCUCGGGUCUAAUCACCCGCUGUUCUACUCGGAGUUCAGCUGGCUCAUCAUCCAGGCCAGCGAAGAGAGCAAAGUCAAGAUCCAAAGGUCGAUUAUGUACGGCGGGACCUUGAAGGCCUCCUUUGUCGAUAGAGCGAGGAGCUGAUCGCUUAUGGAAGUGUUGAAGAAGAAGAAUAACAACAACAAGAGGAUAAAGAGGAGGAGGAGGAGAUGAGCUCUAGGUGGACUCAUCUCUGAUUUUAGUGAACCGAUAGAGCGAGGAGCAGAUCGCUUAGGAAAGUGUUGAAGAAGAAGAACGAUAACAACAACAACAACAACAAGAGGAGGAGGAGGAGGAAGAGAGCACUUGGUGGAAUCAUCUUUGAUUUUAGUGACCCGAUAGAGCGAGGAACUGAUCGCUUAGGAAAGUGAAGAAGAAGAAGGAAAAUAACAACAACAACAUAACGAUAAGGAGGACGAGAAGGAAGAGAUAAGCACUAUACUCGGUUUUUUCCAUCUGUCCACCAGCCUAUGGUGUUUGCGUAUGGUAACACUGCAUCCCGGGCUUUAAAUAGUUACAUUCAGCUUACAUCAACAAUUAUAAUAAUAUCCUAUUUCGAAUAUUAACUGUGUAAUUUGCAUACAGUAAAUUAUUAAAACACUUUUCAGUUGCAAAUGUACUCCCAGAUAUUCGUUUAUUUACCUAAAACUUACACACAGCGUAACAAUCUAGAGCCCGGGACGCAGUGUUACCAUACGCAAACGCUACAGGCGGAUGGACAGAUGGAAAAAAACAGAGUAUAGAUGGAAUCAUCUUUGAUUUUAGUGAACGAAAAGUCUUUCAUUUUGUAGCGUUCGUCUCCCGGUUUGUGUAGACCAGAAUACCACCUGUGUUUUGAAAGUUGUAUACAGUAUAGGCCGAUGAAUGGUUUACACGAAUAGGUCUAUCUUCGGGUGAAUGUGGUUCUUGGUGUAUGUCUGUACCUAGUCUCAAGAAGUGUCCACGAUCAGAAUAUUGGAUGGGUCUGUUAUAUUCUAGAGUCUAGUCUGUUCAAGACCUCACGAAUAUUGUUUAUUUAUUUAUAAUAUAAUAUAAUAGUCUUGCUCCGCGUAUUGCAAAACAGGAAGCUGCCAAAUCACGAUAGGAACGUCAAAACUUGGCAGAUAUUCGACGCUCUCGGUUUCACGUUCCUCUUUGGAAACUUGAAAUAAUUGUAAGUAUUUACACGGUAUUCUACUUAACACUAAGUAAAAUACUAUGUAGAUACUUACAAGUAAACCAAUUAUAUUCAGUAAUUUUGUGGGUUUCUUUUUUCAAAGUCAGUCAAUGUUGACACGGGAAUCACGUUCACCUGAAUACCCAGGAUUUUUUUUUUUUUUUUUUUUUACAGAGAGAGAGAGAGAGAGUAUACUUAGACGUGAUUAUCUAGCGUACAGCGUUGAACCAAGUAACCUCUAGCGCAUAGCUUCUGGUUUUGCUUAAAUUUGGCAAAUGAUAACGAUUAGAGCAACAUAGUAAUUCAUGGAGAUAUUGAUUUUUUUCUAUUUUAUCUAAUUCCAGUUCCCUUGUGAGAUCUUUGCUCAAGAUAUUAAUUUAAAAUUUCGUUCCUACAAUCUCCCACAAUCCUUUCUUUGGCCUUUUGAAUUCUUAAAUUCAUUGCAGAGUCCUUCGUGGUAGGACCCCCAGGAUGGGGGAUGGUGUUAGUACCGUCAGUACGCCCUACAUGGUGGGUGCACUGUAUGCAUUACUGAGCUGUGUGUGCAGUACCUUCGGCCAUUAGCUGCACUCACUUUUAACUUUUGCUUUAUUUCCAUUCUCGAUUCCCUUUUUCAGUUUUGCUGUCUAACUCCUUUUACUUUUUCUUGGUGAAACUGUAGGGUUUCUCCCAAUUCUAUCUUUAGCUUCUUGUACUUGUACGUCAUCUCCUUUAUUUCCUGUGUACUUUUACGUCAUCUCCUUUAUGUCCUGUGUACUUGUACGUCAUCUCCUUUAUUUCCUGUAUACUUGUAAGUCGUCUCCUUUAUUUCCUGUGUACUUGUACGUCGUCUCCUUUAUUUCCUGUGUACUCGUACGUCGUCUCCUUUAUUUCCUGUGUACUUGUACGUCAUGUCCUUUAUUUCCUGUGUACUCGUACGUCGUCUCCUUUAUUUCCUGUGUACUCGUACAUCGUCUCCUUUAUUUCCUGUGUACUUGUACGUCAUCUCCUUUAUUUCCUGUGUACUUGUACGUCAUCUCCUUUAUUUCCUGUGUACUUGUACAUCAUCUCCUUUAUUUCCUGUGUACUCGUAUGUCGUCUCCUGUGUACUUGUACGUCGUCUCCUUUAUUUCCUGUGUACUUGUACGUCAUCUCCUUUAUUUCUAUGUACCUGCACGUCAUGUCCUAUAUUUCCUGUGUUUAUCGUACAUCAUCUCCUUUAUUUCCUGUGUACUCGUACAUCGUCUCCUUUAUUUCCUGUGUACUCUUACGGUAUCUCAUUUAUUUCUUGUGUACUCGUACGUCGUCUCCUUUAUUUCCUGUGUACUUGUACGUCAUCUCCUUUAUUUCCUGUGUACUUGUACGUCAUCUCCUUUAUUUCCUGUGUACUUGUACGUCAUCUCCUUUAUUUCCUGUGUACUUGUACGUCAUCUC